GAGCUGUCGCUCGCGGCGGCGUGGAAGGCGUCCGUGGCGCGGACUACCGAGGAGCUCGCUGCCGCCAGGGCCGAGCUGUUGCACCUCAGGGAGGAGGCCGUGACGAGGACCGCGGGCACAUCUGAGCAGCCGAACGGCAACGAGGCCGCCGCCCACGAGGCCGAGCUCGCCCUGCUGGAGGAGGCGCGGCUCCGGCUGCGCGAGGCGUGCGCCGCCGGGGACGCGGCAUUGCAGGGCGCUCAGGCACGGCGUGCGUAUGCUCACCAGCCUGUAACAUGCCCGCCGGUCGUUGAAAGUAGAUUGCGAAUCUCCGCCUCUCCCCACCCCGCGCUGCCACUCUGAACCGUGCUCCCAGCGGAGUAGCAAACCGCGGCGAGCGUUGAUUUCCGGCUUAGAUACCCGUGAGGGUGAAUCGCAGAGUCCCGCAGGCCAGCCCGUUUUCAGCGUUGAUGAGGAAGCCG